AUGUACAUCACUCUCUACUUCAUCGUCACCCGCCUCCCUGACUCUCUUCGCGCAGUCAGGGACCACUUUCUCGCCCUUGACCCCACAGACCUCACUGUCGACCUGCUCGAGAAGCACCUCCUUGCAGCUGAGACCAGCAUAGUUGCUGUAGGUGCUUCUCGUGGCACUCCUCGCACUCCCCUCUUUGAGGGGUGUUCCCCCUCCCCCCUUGCCCCCUCUGUCGCUUCUGCUGCUGCUGUUGACUUCCUUGGUGCUGAAGACGUCGGGGCUGCCCCUAGUGGGAAGUGCUGCAGCGGCAAGGGCAAGGGAGGCAAGGGUGGUGGGGGUGGCGACAGUGGCGGCGGUGGUGGAGGUAGUGGAGAUGGUGGUGGUGGCGGUAGUGGUGGUGGGAGUGGUGGUGGGGGUGGAGGCGUUGGUGGCGGCGGUGGUGGUAGCAGUGGGAGUGAUGGCGGUGGUGGUGGCAGCAGUGGAAGUGGUGGCGGCGGAAGUGGUGGCGGUCGGGGUGGAGCGGUCCAGAGGGGAGGUUCUGGCGGUGGCCAGAGGCAGCAGCAGCAGCGUUCCCGCGAGACCCUAACGCGCCAGCAGCUUCGUGAGUGGUUUGCUCAGCGUGGGGCGUCUGAAGGUAGUGUUCGCUGCCCGUACGUCAUUCGCACAGGUAACCACGCUGGUCAGACAUGCGGGAAGUAUCACACACAGCAACGCUGCUUCUUCCGCCUUGACGACGCUUGGCGCACAAAGUUUGGCGACGAGGCAGAGCUUCCCAGCUGGCUAGAGCUGCUUAGGUCUGGUGUUGAUAUAUUUGCUCUUGACUAUGACGCUAUCCUUGCUGCCAUGUAUGCUUUGACUGUUAGUGCUGAGGGUGACUGUUACCUGUGUGUGCCGCCCGACCCAGGUAUAGAGGCUGCUGCUCUAGGUGCUAGUGAGUCUGCUCUCUCUGGUACUGCGCCUGCUGAGGCCUUGCACACCUUCACGCUUGACUCAGGUGCUUCCCGCUGUUUCUUUCGCGACAGUACCACAGUCACACCACUCCACGCAUCUGUUGCAGUCUCACUGGUUGACCCCUCUGGGGGUUGCACGUUCCUCCACUGUUCUCCCGUGUCCGGCGGUUCCGUCUGGCUCACUGUCAGAUCACCACCUCCCCUCGUUCUCGAUAAACUUGGUGAGCAACGCAGUCCUUCAGGAUGCAUGGGUUGA